AUGAUCACCCUCCCAACCUCCCUUCUGUCUCUCCUGCUUCUGUGCGCGUCCUGUACCACACAGCGGACGGAAGUCUCCACCAAGUAUGGCCGACUCUCCGGCUUCGCUGAAGACUACAACGGCGCGACGGUCCGCACGUUCCUCGGCGUGCCCUUCGCCAAGCCGCCGACGGGAGAACUGCGCUUCCUGCCGCCGGUGGAGCCCGAGUCGUGGGCCGGUGUCCGGGACGCCACAACCUUCGGGCCGGCCUGUCCGCAGGACGGUAUGUACCUCCCUGGGUUUGCCGAGCCGUUCGCCCGGGUGGACAGGGUGUGGAGUGAGGACUGUUUGUACAUGAACGUGUACGCACCGGGUAGGAGCUCCAGCGCACAGGACCCCCUAGCCGUGAUGGUGUACAUCCACGGAGGCGGCUGGCAGGUCGGGGAGGGUACCAAUAACGGGACUCAGCUGGCGGCCGAGGAAAACGUCAUCGUCGUCACCUUCAACUACAGACUUGGCGUGUUCGGUUUCCUGGGCACGGGGGACCAUCAUGCGCCGGGGAACGUGGGCCUGUUGGACCAGACUCAGGCCAUCCGCUGGGUCAGGGAGAACAUCGACAACUUUGGCGGGGACGUAAACAGGAUCACGAUAUUCGGGCUGUCUGCCGGCGGCAUGGCCGUGAGUCUCCACCUGCUGUCCCCGCUCAACUCCGGACUGUUCCACCGCGCCAUCACGCAGAGCGGAUCUCCAUUCACUCCGGGAUUCCUCGGAACCAAGGAGUCUGCACUAGCCGACGCCAGACAGUUAGCUGAGUCCUUAGGAUGUGACGGAAGCUCAGGAGCUGCGACAGAAGACGUUGUGUCCUGCCUGAAGUCUAGGACAGCUCAAGACGUCCUGACAACCUCCUCAGCCGUGCAGAGCGCUUCUCACAUCGCCUUCACCCCCAUCGUAGAUGGAACAUUCCUGCCUGCGUCACCGGAGGAGAUCUUCGCGGAGGGAUCCGUGGAAGCCCGGGACUAUAUUCUCGGGGUCACUAGCAUGGAAGGCGGCAUCGUCCUCUACAACGACUUAAACGAAAAGAUCGUGUCCGAAGACACCUUCCAAGAACACUUGGAGUACACCAUGGGAACGUACAACACAAACUUAGUCCAGAUCACCCACGCGGCAAAAUUUGAGUACCUGUCGAACGCCACGGCGAGCCCACGUGACCUGCAGAUGGACUUCAUGAGGAUGUACGGUGAUUGGCUGUUCGUUGCCCCGACAACGCGAAUGGCGCGAGAGUUCGCCAGCGCGGGAAAUCCUACGUACUUGUACAACUUUGAUCACGUGACCAGCUUCUUCGAUCACCCAUGGAUUGGCGGAGCCUCCCAUGCCGAAGAGAACUACUACCUGUGGCCGUCUGACGUGUCCGACAUGAUGACUGAGCAGGAGAAAUGCCUCCGCCCCUGAGGCGUCGCCAAAAAGCAAUU